CCAAAGAUACAUACUUACUUACUACUUCCUAGCAUCUCUCUCUCUCUCUCAAACUCAACAAAAUUAAUCUCUCCCUUCCUUCUCAUGAAAUGCUCUUAUAGAUCAAUCAAAUAACCAAACCAACCAUAACAUCAAAUCAUCACUUAUAUAUAUACCAACCAUAACAUAACCCAUUAAAUAUAUUACCAUUACCAUGCUAACAUUAAAAUCCAUACUCUUCACCAUUUCUCAUUUCUAUCUUCAAACUCUCUUAUUCUUAUUUCUCUUCUCUACUAAUCAUGUCACAUGCACCACCACCACCGCCGCCACCACCACACAGCUUCAAACAAGCACCAAAAUUCUACAACUCACCAAACUGCCCCACCAUAACCUCCCUCACAUGCUCCGACGAAGCAGUCCACGUAGCAAUGACACUAGACAUCAAAUACCUCCGUGGCUCCAUGGCCGCAAUUCUCUCCGUUCUCCAACACUCUUCCUGUCCAGAAAACACCAUCUUCCACUUCGUAACCGCCGCAUCAAAAACAACCUCCACCAUCAUCCUCAACACUACACUCACUAACUCAUUCCCUUAUCUAAAAUUCCAAAUCUACCCCUUCCAAGACGACGUCGUAUUAGGUCUAAUCUCAACUUCAAUCCGUUCCGCACUCGAUUGUCCUCUCAACUACGCGCGAAAUUACAUGUCUAACCUUCUGCCGAAUUGUGUUCGCAAAAUCGUUUACCUUGAUUCCGAUCUUAUUCUCGUUGACGACAUUGCAAAACUUGCGAAAACGAAUCUCGGAAACGACGCCGUUUUAGCUGCGCCGGAAUAUUGUAACGCGAAUUUCAGUAACUAUUUUACACCUACGUUUUGGUCCAAUCCGUCGUUAUCGUUAACGUUUGCGACCCGGAAGGCUUGUUAUUUUAACACCGGAGUUAUGGUGAUUGAUUUGGAGCGGUGGAGGAUCGGAGAAUAUACGAUGAAGAUUACUGAAUGGAUGGAGCUUCAGAAGAGAAUGAGGAUCUAUGAGCUUGGUUCUUUGCCGCCGUUUUUGCUUGUUUUCGCCGGGAAAAUUGUUCCGGUUGAUCAUCGGUGGAAUCAGCAUGGGCUUGGCGGUGAUAAUUUUCGUGGGCUUUGUAGAGACUUGCAUCCGGGCCCGGUGAGUUUAUUGCAUUGGAGUGGGAAAGGUAAACCGUGGGCCAGGCUUGAUUCUAACCGUCCUUGCCCAUUGGAUGCUUUGUGGGCCCCAUAUGAUCUUCUUGAAACACCCUUUGCUCUUGAGGCCUAAGCCCAAGCCCAAACCCGUAUCAUAAUUUACAGUUUUUUUUAUCUCCAUUUUCUAUUCAAAAAAUUAAGUUAUCUCUUAUUUUUUUAUUGGAGUAUAUUUGAUAUCACGAUGGAUUUAUCAAAAUCACAUAUCAAAGUUUUUUCAAAAUUCCAGUAACUUGCUGUGAUUUUGCAAAAUUUACUAUUAUAACAAACAAGGGUAUGUAUUACGGCAGCUUGUCAUUGAGGAGUUGGCGCUAAAGUCACUCACGGCUUAGUUUGCUAUUUAUGACUAGUGUUGUAUUUUGACACUAUAAUAUAUAUUCAAAAUUACCGUGGUUCAAUGUGAUUUCGCAUAACUCAUGAUGAUAAUUGGUAUAAACAUGUGUAUGUAAUGUGGCGGUUUGCGAUUGGGGUGUGGCGGCUUGCAAUUGCGGAGUUGGCGCUUGAGUCGCUCGUGGCUUGGCUUGCUAUAUAUGGCUAGUGUUGUAUUACAGUAGUACUGUACAUUCAGUUAGUUGAACUGUGGUACGUUUUUCUUCUUUCCUCUUUUGAUGAAGUGAGUAAUUGUUGUUAGCCUUACAAUGAAUAUAAUGGAAGGGAUUUUUAUGUAUUACUAUAUCAGAAAUUAAUUUUGUUUUUGCAUUGUCCUUUA